AUGAGGCCGCUGGCAUUUGUAGAGUUGGCUCUAUUAGCUGUCAGUCAAGCAGAAGGAGGUAUGGAAGGGUGGGACCCAAUCCUGCAGUAUAACAUCUACAAUGUCAGCUCUAGAUGUGGAAAAUUAUCUGAUGGUUCCUUCCCUCCAGAAGGCUUUGGCAUCGUCUCUGGUACACUCAACGUUGAGUGGGACCAGAUUGCCCGUGCUAGCAAUGUCUCCCACACAGUGGUCCUGCAUCCUCUCAAAGCUGGUUACUUCAACUUCACCUCCGCAACUAUUACCUAUUUGGCCGAGGAUGGGCUUGUUGUAGACUCCACCAGUGCACCUGGACAGGGAAGAAUCCUCACCCAGCGGGAGUUUGACAGGAGAUUCUCCCCCCAUUUUCUGGACUGGGCAGCCUUUGGAGUCAUGACCUUGCCCUCCAUAGGCAUCCCUCUGCUCCUGUGAUAUUCAAGCAAGAGGAAAUACGAUACUCCUAAACCCAAGAACUGAAUGCAGUUCCUCAGCCCUCUCUCCCAAGAAACCAGGUGUUUUCCAGACUACAUAGGCUAUCAAGUGUGUUCUCUUGGCCCUUGGUCCAUGGCCAUCUUGUCCUGGAUUCUACCCUGAACUCAACCAGAAUGCAAAGGCAGGCCUGGGAGUUUGUGCGAGCCUCCCUGUCCUCCCUGAAGGCAAACAGGACUGCCUUUUGCCACAGCUUUGGGGCUUGAGGGUCCCACCAAGGUGCUGUUGGUAUGUUACUGGCAAUGUGAACUCUUGGGGGUCUAGGUGGGGCCCCUUGUACUCUGUCUGACACCUCCAUCCCCUGGCAGCUCCUCUCAAGAGGGCAGAAGACCAAAUGGAAGCUGUGUGUCCUAAACAGGCUCUGCCUGCAUUAGGGGCACUUAGCAAAUGGAUUUUCUAAUAAAAACAAAUGCCACGCAAAAAAAAAAAAAAAAAAAAAAAAAAAAAAA